UCAGGCACUUCGACACGAAUGAACUCAUAUCAGCAAGGGACUAUCUGAGCGAUCCGGAUAAAACAAAUUGUUAUAUAGCCUAUAUACAUUUCUUGAUUGGUCGUUUUUUAAAGUGAAGUAAAAGAGUACAUUUUACUUUUUUUUGCAUGUGAGCGCAACAUUUACGCACUCUGGAAAUAAGUGUCGGAAGUGAGAUUGCCGAGACUUUGCACCAUUUAUUGCAAUGCAUCGGCAAAGGCUAACCCACGAACGGAUCUACACUUGUGUUUGUUUACUGGUUUUCCUCGUCACUACAACCGAGGCUGGGUGUCAGGAUGCGGGUAAGUGUUGCACUGGCCGAGAUCCGUCGUGCGUCAGUACAGGAUGGAGAGCUGACCGUUCUUAUGGCACCUGCUACUGCGACCAAGCUUGUGUGUCUACUCUGGACUGCUGUCAUGAUUAUGAGCUCGCCUGUCCAGCUGUGUCUUGUGUGGUGAGUGAGUGGACCACGUGGUCUGGCUGUGCAGUGCCAUGCAGAGCCACUGUACGCAUGCGUAGCAGGAAGGUCCUAGUAGAGCCACACAACAGAGGGGAACCCUGUCCGCAUCUGAAGGAACGUGCUGGCUGUGCAGAUUACGUGGACCACCAUCGACAGUGCCACAGUUCACUAGUCCCAGCUCUCAUCACCACUGGUGGCUAUGGCAACGCCAGGAAAAAAAGAGACAUUCCUGACAUUAGUGACAUCAUAGGUUAUUGUGUGCAGUUUGAGCUGAGCUCACUGACUGGAGGAUGUCAGCACAGUGUGGGUCCUCACACACGGUGGAUGCAGUAUCUAAGACAGGGCCACCGGGUGUGUGUGGAAUGUCAGCCUCCAGCUCUUGUUGCUGGACACAAACACUGCACUGGAGAUGGAGAGGUGGAGGAUGAGGGCAGGAGGCAGUCUCUCCAGUGGCAGAUGGUGGGGAACCCUCGGUGUCGCGGUGUGUGGCGUCGUGUCGGGAGGCUAGACUCCUGCUCCUGCCCAACGGUCCACAGCUUCCUCUUCAUUUAAUGCCAUCCACUCCCCCAGAUCUCCUCCAGUCUUAACCCACUCUCCACACAGAAGCCACAUCCUCAUCAGUGUGCUCCUGUGUACUGGACACAGUAAGGUGCUUUAUAGACUGUAGGGUUACAGAGUCAUCCCCCGUUUGUUUACAAAUUGAUUAUGACGUCGAAAAUAUUUGGAAUGUCAUGGCUGUAUUGGGUGUAAAAGCUGUUUUGUUUGUUUAAGUCCCUUCAAACCAAACAGUAGUGCAUACUGUAUGUCUGUCUCAUUGCUGUGGUUUCUAUUUGUCGCUGUAGUUUCUCCUCUGUCAGCCGGCAGCGCCUUCAAUAAUGCAUGUAAUUCAGUACAAUGAUCAAUAACCAAACCAUUAUGUAAUCCGAUUUAUUUCAUUUUUUGUCAUCCAAGGGGAAUGUUGCCUUUUUAAAAGAAAUAGAAAGAUCUUGGGACAUUGAGACACUUGUUACAUGACAGGUUCUGACGUUGUCAGUGCCAUGUCCAGUCACAGAUCCAAAGUUACAACAUGCAUCGAACAACAGAACAUUUAUACAGUAACAACAGCAUAGAAAGUCAACAGGUAAAAAUAUUACAAAACAAACAGCCUUGAGACCUACAAACAACAUCGUAGAAGAGUGGGGGACGUCUUUCAAAUCAUUUUUUUCAGUUCCCUAGAAAUUGUGUACUUUACAAAGACUGAUGGCAUCAGUAGUGUUGCGGUCAACUCCCUUCAAAAUAUACUGAACGUUUGCACGAGACUUACAUUUGAAUUGGAUGGGACCAAAGAUGUGAUGGAGAAUUGAAAUUGGAGUUUAUAGUUAUCCCGAUUUGUACCAACAACUGUACCAACAAUAAGAUUUUGGGGGUAACCAAUGCAUUCUAAUGAUCUGGAAUUCAGUAAUAACCAACAGGAUUUGACCAAUUUCAUAAUGUCUUCACAUUGUAUAUGUAUAUAAAACAAAUAAAAGUCACUGGAUUGUGCUUUCUUACUUAAUGAUGACUUCAUGACUCUUACAAAUCCUGACAUCGGAAACCCUCCUUUUUAAGAUGACAUGAAAGUUAAAGCUUUAUUAUUCUACAGGCCGUGUGGAUAAUGGGUGGCUCACUUAGUCAGAUUAGACAGCUAGUCAUACUAUACCGGCCUUCAACUAAUCAAAUGCAGUCGAAGAUUACUAGCAGCCAAAGUAAUGACAGAAGGAUACGUCCUAAUCUUUUGAAAAAGUAUGCAACAGUAUGGCAGUAAACUACCAUUUUAAACUACCUUUUUACAAAAUCAUUUCCAGCUUUUCUUAUCUUCCCUGAUGGCUUUCACAACUUCCCAGGUUUGUGUGUGUGCGUGCGUGCGUGCGUGCUUGCGUGCUUGCAUGUGCAUACAUGCAUGGUUUUCUUUCUAUGGUAUAAUAUUAUUCCAUCUUUAAGACUUCUAUUACUUUAUCAUGAUAAUGCUUUAUGACAGGCAUGAAGAAUUGAUUGUCAUCAUUUUACAGAAACAUUUACAAGGAAAACUGUCCCUGACAACUUUUACAUCUAGACCAAAAUUGAUUUAUGAGUAUAUGAAACAGAUGGGACUGAAUCCCAU